AUGCAGUUGGUGUUUCCUUGGCCGUGGGCGUUAGUGUUCUGUGGUGUGUGUUUCAGUGCAUCAGUGCCCAGAGAAGAGGCUUCCAUGCAUCCUGACGAGAAUGACCUGACCCUGGCAACAGAAUAUCUGCAGCGCUUUUACAACUUUGAGAGGGAGCCACUCACUCGCACAAAGCGCAGCAAUCCCUCUUUCUCCUCCAAGCUGGCAGACAUGCAGAGCUUCUUUGGGCUCAGCGUCACAGGCAGCCCGGACUCCCAAACGCUGGAGGUGAUGCGGACUCCCCGCUGUGGGGUGUCAGAUGUGGAGGACUACAGCCAUGGCACACUCUCACGCUGGAAGAAAAACAAAGUCACUUUUGGUAUUGGCAGGUACACUAGCGAUAUGCCCGCUCAUGUUGUGGACUCUCUGAUCAGCUCUGCUGUGGCAGUGUGGGGCAGGGCUAGUCUGCUGACGUUUGUCAGGUCAUACUCUGACAAGGCUGACAUCAUGGUGGAUUUCACCUAUGGAGGUAACGUUUCACGUCAAGCAACUGCCCAAGGUCCUCAUAAAAAGACAGAUAUCCCAUGUGCUGUGUGUGUGUGUGUGUGUGUGUGUGUGUGUGCAGGACAUGGGGAUUCCUUCCCAUUUGACGGCCCAGGAGGCACACUGGCUCAUGCCUUCGGACCUGGUGAGGGCCUAGGUGGAGACAUUCACUUUGACGAUGAUGAAUACUGGUCAGCAGGAUCGAAAGGUUUCAACUUGUUUUUAGUGGCAGCACAUGAGUUUGGGCAUGCCUUGGGUUUAAGGCACUCAAGAGACCCCAAGUCUCUGAUGUACCCAGUCUACAGGUCCCAGGCCCAGAAAGUCUUGCUCUCCAGUGAAGACAUUAUUAACCUUAAUGCACUUUAUGCAUCGCAGAGACAGAGGCCGCAGCCCCCGUCCAGGUUUGUUUGGCCUCCCCGAUUCAGACUUUUCUACCCAGGCUCUCGUCUACCUCUGGCUCUACAGGAGACGUGUGACCCAAACCUGUCUUUUGAUGCUGUGACAGAUAUCAUGGAGGCGCUCUUCUUCUUCAAAGACAGGUAUUUGUGGAUCAAGCAUGAUGAGCAAUAUGACAUCAAAGAGGGACCCAUUCACAACUUCAUGCCUAAAAUUGACAAGAACAUCAAUGCUGCCUACUCUGUUCCACAAAGAUCAACUGCCUACCUUUUCAAUGGAACCCGUUACUGGACCAUGAGGGGGUCACUAAUUAAGGGACGGACAAAACAUAUCAGAGCCUAUGGAUUUCCAUCAUGGGUGAAACAAAUAGAUGCUGCAGUUCACAUCACGAACACAGGACGUACCCUUUUCUUUACUCAGGAUAAAUACUGGAAGUAUAAUGAGAAUCGUAAAACCAUGGAGAAACUGUUCCCUAGACCAAUCAAAGAUGAUUUCCCUGGAAUUAAUAUGACUGUGAAUGCUGCAGUUUAUAAAGACGGUCUCAUCCACUUUUUCUCUGAUGCAGAAGUAUACAAGUACAAUUACUCAACAAAACAGAUCACUGGAGUUGAUAAGGCAAAUUCUUGGCUUGGGUGCAUGGAAAAAUAAAGAUGUUUAUCCUUACAACUGCAAUACUGUUGGCCUGUACUGUAUGUCACAUUCCUUUAAAUUAUACAGACAUUUUAUCCUCUCUGUUUUAUAAUGUCAAACUGAAAUUGUGCCUCUGUAUUUAGCCUACACAACAUUUUAAGAAUACUAGUGGUGUCAACAAUAAUCGAUUCGGCGAUGCAUUGCAAUGCGGGUCAUGUACGAUUCAGCAUCGAUGCGGCAACAUGCCAUAAUCGAUUAUGUCACUGUUUAUUUUCUGGCUUUGAGUGGACAAUAAAGUUGUGAAGUUUCAAUUACUUCUGGGGGCAUUUCCGGAUGUUUGCACAGGAGUUCAGGAAGUGCCCUGUCUUAGAGCUGCUAUUUUAUUGUGUGCAAAAUAACACUUAUGGUCACUGCUGGAAAAAGUUGGCUGUUAUUGCUCUAUUUAAUUUCAAAUGGUUCUAAAGCAGAGAGAAGGGAAACGUUUCUCAUUCAAAGCACUGAAAGCAGUGAUUUAUGUUUUCUUUUUCAGGUUUGAAAAUGCCAUAUCCAAUACCCUGUACCAUUCAAUUUUAUUUUAUUUAAUGACAUUUAUGUCAAAGAUACAGGAGAGUGAU